AUGUACUGUGGGGGAGAUUUCGAGGCUCAUCCAAGCGUCACAGAUCGCGACCAAAGCAAAUCGAUGAAACAGACCCCAGGUCUCACAUGGGCUCCAGUUGCGGGUACAAUCAAGCAGCAUGCCGAGAAGCAUGAGAAGAUUGAUCUUGCCCUAGAGAAGGGAAUAGCGAAUGGAGACUACCAAUAUCUCAGUGAUGAGCUGUAA